CCCCUCAAAAUUUUACAGUUUCUUAUCAGACCUACUGCAAUGUGGUAAAUUUUAUUUAAUAAAAGAUAAAACCAUUUUAAAAAUUUUAAAUAUAAAUACAUAAUAGCAAUGGAAAAUUAUAAGCGUCUGAGUAGAGAUCCUAAAUCCCCGUUCACACCAUUAACUCCUCUAUCCCCAACAAACGCAAUCUCGUUUAUUUUUGACUUUGGAAAGAACAAAAUCAAUCAAUUAUCGCACACACCGAAAACGGCUUAUAGACCGACUACCCCCACUGUAUGUCCGUGCAGAAGAGGCUCACCAGUGAAGCAGAAGACGUUGUUUAAAACUGAGAAAUAUUUAGCGGUUACACCUAAUACGUCAAAAACAAAUUCCAGCUCGAAAAGACAAUGUGGAUGUCAGGCUAAAUGUCCACAGGUGAGAUAUAUCAAAGGCUCACCAGUUAAGACGAAACCAUUAUCCAAGCAAAUGAUUAUGGCACUUGAUUCGAAUCAACUCAGUAAUUAUAAACAGUUUUGUGAACGUGAAGAAAUUGAUAUUUCGGUUUUAGUGGAUUUAACAAUAAGUGAUCUCGAUAAAUUAGGUCUUAACUGUGGUGAAAUCAGUAAAUUUAUGAAAGCUAUUGAUUAUGCAAAAAAAAACUUCGAUUGUUAAAUAAAA